CUCGAAUGCGUGUCUAAUCCCCGGCGCGUCGAAGCUCAUUCAGAGGAAGAGGCAUGGAUGAUGAUUCCAUUGUCCCGGAUAUGAAGCAUGGCAGAGGAUGUAGCACCAAACAAGGAGCAGCCCCUCCGGGGCGUUAUUCUGUGCUGUACCUCCAUCCUUCCAGAGACGCGGUCGCAAUUGGCCGCAAUCGCAGGGCAGAUGGGCGCUGUUCACAUGUUUGACCUUACCUCCGACGUUACCCAUCUGAUUGUCGGCGAGACGAAUACUCCAAAAUACAAAUAUGUGGCUAAAGAGCGGAGUGAUGUCAAAGUCCUGAGGCCAGAGUGGAUCGAGGCAGUUCGGUCAUCAUGGCUGUUGGGCGGAGAUACCGACCUCCAUGCUCUGGAAGAAGAAUAUAAAUUACCAACGUUUGCAGGACUAUCCAUAUGUCUCACUGGAUUUGAGGACCUGAAUUUUAGGAAUCACUUACAGCGAACGAUUGCGAAGAACGGCGGGGAAUUUCGGCGAGAUUUGACAAAGAGUGUUACCCAUCUCAUUGCACGUUCUGCAGAAGGGCAAAAGUAUAAAUUCGGGGUACUAUGGAACAUCAAAAUAGUAGGGUUGAGGUGGCUCGAGGAUAGUUUAGAGCGAGGAAUGGUUCUUGACGAGAGUCUCUACGACCCAUUAGUCCCCGAGGAAGAACAAGGCAUUGGUGCAUGGAAUCGAACGGCUCCAAUCCAGGUGGAAAAGCGACAAAAUGUUGCGGAAGUUGCAUUUCAGCGUCCUCGAAAACUCCGGCGGGUUACAAGUGUAAAACUUGGUGAUCAAAACGAAGGAAUAUGGACAGAAAUUAUGGGAAACAAUUCCGCCGGCGGCAACGAACAGGGCGUUUACGAUGGUUCGGCUGAUGCAACACCAAAGCCCAGGGCAAGUGCUAUAAUCCAAGAGACUAAGUCCUUCGCAAGCGAAACAACCCUCCCUGAACGAAGAAAUAGCGUAGCCCAGGAUGCACUAGCGCCACGAUUCCAGCCUGCAGAGAAGGCGCUCGGAAUUUGGUAUGGAGCCCAGUUCUUUAUAUCUGGGUUUACCACGAAGCAGACCCAACUGUUACGAGAUCACCUUAUAUCGAGGGAUGCCGAAAUUGUCUCUUCUAUCGAUGACCUCUCUAUAGGCGACGGAGGGCCAGACCCCAAGCAAUAUAUACUUGUACCUUACAAUUUACCUCAGUCCGAUAUCCCAUCUACCGCCGACUCCGAGAGUGAAGCCCAUGUUGUUACGGAUAUGUGGAUUGAAAAGUGCAUUCACAGCAACACGUUUGUGCCUCCUGAAGCGCAUAUUACAAGCACUCCGGUGCCUCGGUUUCCAAUCCCAGCAUUUCAAAGUUUAAGAGUUUGUUCUACAGGAUUUACGGGAAUUGAUCUCUUGCACGUAUCUAAACUUGUUACGCUACUAGGGGCGACGUAUGAUGAAUAUUUCACCCAAAAAGCAUCAGUUCUGAUAUGCAACACGACAAAACCGAAUAGCGAGAAGCUGAGGCAUGCCCACCAAUGGAAUAUUCCAGCUGUACUCGCCGACUGGCUUUGGAUCUCUGUUCAAACAGGGGAGAUGAAAGCCUUCGAACCAUACUUAAUAUCCGGCCGGGACCCUUACAGCGCUGGGGGACAGACCAACGAGAUCAGGAGCUUGGGAGGGAGCCGGCAAACUGAACCAAAAAAGCUGCAAGGUCCUUCAGGUCAACAGCCGGAAAGCCGAAAGCAAGAUGAAGGGAGUUCCAAAGAGGAGCCCAUUUUAGCCCAUGACGCGAGCCUCGAACCUGGUUCCCACGGCUCCCCGGCAAAAAAAAUGCCAUCGCCUCCGCCUACUUUAGAACUCUCAAAAGCUGACAGCAGUGAAGACAAACCCGCAACCUCUUCCAGAUCUUUGGACGUGGCUAUCAGCGAACUGCUUCGGCAAACACGAAGUCGUGCUAAGCAAUCGGCUGAGAAAAGCGCUAAUACUCAGCGUCGCAGACAAUUGUUUGGUCGUGCAAAUUCCAAUUCAUCACUGCUAGGCAAUAAGGAGCGAAUUUCCCGUGCCUCCUCUAUUGACACUUUGAAUGAAGACGGUUACGGCAGCGUCGUUGACGGUUUUAAUAGUCCUUCUGUAAAGGGACAUAGCAAAGCGCCGAGUUUUACGUCCCUUGCGCAACCAACAGCUGCACUAAAGGGUAAUUCAGAUCCAACCGAAGCACAACAAUUAUUGGAAAGUAGAUUGAACCUGCUCCGCAACGGGCUUGGGCAGUAUGAUGCUGAGAGAUAUGAGUUCGAGGAAGAAGAGACGCCGCCGAUGACGCAGUUGGGCUACGAAGCUCCUGACGCUGUGGCGAUGAGGGAGAAGAUAACCCGGAGAGCGAGAGAAAUGAAUGGUGCUGAGGAAAAUACGGAUGAUAGGCAGGAAGGAAAGAAUAAAAAUGACAACGGUGGUCGAUUAGUUAUCGGCCAACUGAAAGAUAGCGAGACAUUAGCCAUUUGGGGAGGUGGGAGACGCACGAGGUCUAAGCGGACGUCCAAUGGAGAUGAAAUUUGAGGUUUAAGACCAGCUACAAUAGAGCUUAGAAUUAGAUACUGCGACUCUCUUAACCGGUGUUGUGGACUGGGGCUGGCGUUGAUUUCAUUUUGGAUAACCUAAAUGCGGAGUAGAUCGUUGCGUUGGUAUGUUGAGAACGGACAGGCGAUCUCUCUAUAUCAUAGUUCCAGAC